CACUCUUAAAAAAAAAGCUGCUCCUGUUGAAAGUUGUGGUUCAGGCACCGUAUGGAGGCGGCGGCUCGAGGCUUUGAUUUGCAAGAGUUGUGUGUGUGAGCUCGGUGGACGGCGAUGAUGAACGUGGAGGUGGCUGUGCUGCUCUUCCUGGCCCUUUGGGUUUGUGUUUGGACGGAAGAUUCUGGGAAAGUAGUUGCUGACCGCUACGCCGUGUACUGGAAUAGCACCAAUCCCAGGUUUCACAGAGGGGAUUACACAGUUGACGUCUGCAUCAAUGACUACCUCGACAUCUACUGCCCCCACUACGAUGAUAACGUACCUGAGGAGAAGACAGAGAGCUACAUCCUUUACAUGGUGAAUUUUGACGGUUACCGAAGCUGCGACCACAAGAACAAUGGCUUCAAGCGUUGGGAGUGCAAUCGGCCACGCACACCGAAUGGUCCUCUGAAGUUCUCCGAGAAGUUCCAGCUCUUCACACCAUUUUCCCUAGGCUUUGAAUUUCGACCUGGAAACGAGUAUUAUUAUAUAUCAUCACCUCAUCCUAAUAUUGUUGGGAAGCCCUGCUUAAAGUUAAAAGUAUAUGUCAGACCAACAAACAGUUGUAUGGAAGCAGUAGGGGUGAAUGAAGGUGAUUUCGAUGUAAACAACAGUUCAGUUGAAGCUUCAGAUGAUUCUAUAUACGAGUCACCUGAACCGUAUCACAAUAACGACGGAAUCACGACCUUUAGGAUUUCUUGGCUCAUCCUGGCAGCGACCCUCAUCCUGUUAUUCCUAACAUCAUAGCACCCAGAGAAAGGGGGAGAAAAAAGAAAUUAUUUCUAUCUGAGGGACCGCAACCAAAAUGGAGACGGCAAGAGAUUGACAUGGGUCCUCCAGAAGAGACUCCAAUUUCUGAGACACUUUGCCGUUAAGACAAAUGAUUUGAGGAACAGACAUGCUCUAUUACUGCUUUGUGAGACUGGGAAUUCUCAUUUUCUUGUGAAGCACUGCCUUGGGCCCACUGGGGUUUGAUAUAAAGUACAUCAAAAAUUGGAACAAAUAUCUCUAUGGAGGUGUCCAGACGCAAACUUUCUCAAAUGGAAUCUAUAUUGGUGCAAUCGUUUGUUCCACUGGUAGGUCAAGGCCCAUGACAGAAGAAGCAUCUGGGAGUGUUCUGACCUUCAAAGUUCCUUUAAACACAACUUCUUGACACACUGUUCUACAAGAGCAGCCACAAGUCUAGUUGCUCAUUUUUGUGUUUGUUCCUUUUUUAAUUUCUUUUUGCCUUGAAUUUUCAAGAGGGGUUUGUUCAGACUUUCUGACAGCUUAGGGGGAGCAGUUCUGUGAGAGGGAAUGGGGUCAUGUGGAUCAAAUAAAUCUGCCACCAAAUAGUAACGUGGAAAUCCCCUUUUGCCUUACGUGGGGAAGAUUGGACUACGUCCUCUGAGUCUCUUGGCCAAUGUUACCGACAGCAAAAGUGACAUUGGGCAAGAUCAGUGGUUGAACUCUGAAAGCUGCAUUAAAAUGUUUUCUACCCAGUCAAAUCAGUCUUCAAAAUUUCAAAGUGCAUUGACCCAUUAAUAAGAUUUCUUACUCUAAUUGGAAAUAUUCCUCACGGUUUCAACACAUGGCCCCUUCCACCAUCACCCCAACAUCUGUAGAUUGUCCUCAAACCCCACACUAUUCAGGAAUACAGCUUAUUAUAUCAUCUCCAAUAUUGUAACUAUUGAGAGGCAUCAAUUAUUUUUAGCAACACUAAGAUUUUUUUUCUCUCUCAGCAAGGGUUGUUAUGACAUUCAUGGCAUUAAUCUCUUUUUCCCAGUAAAUAGUGGGGCUUACUGGUGACCUCAUAUGACAAAAGAAUCAUUUUGAAACGACUGAGCCAGAAUAUAAGUCAAUGCCUCCAGGGCCCUGCAGAUUCAUGGACACCUUAAUGACACAAGAUCUGCUUCAGUAAAGUCAGCUCUGAAACUUAAACAACAGUCCAGAUGUAAGAUAUUCACAUUUGCAUUUUAAAACGUGUACUACUUGUAACAAAAAAAAUAAGUGAAGGCAUUGCCUUAAAGACAAAAAUGAUGGAAUUCUCAGAAGAUGGAAAGAUUUAGUUGGUUAUGGAAAUCAAGACCUCCUUGGAGUGAAAGAUCAGUGGCUUUCUUUGGGUACUGUACAAGCUAAAGUUAUUGGAAUAUGGAAGACCUUUCCUUACUGUCCUACUUUCCCAUCAUAGAAACAUAGAAACAUAGAAAAUAGGUGCAGGAGUAGGCCAUUCGGCCCUUCGAGCCUGCACCGCCAUUUAUUAUGAUCAUGGCUGAUCAUCCAACUCAGAACCCCGCUCCAGCCUUCCCUCCGUACCCCCUGACCCCCGUAGCCACAAGGGCCAUAUCUUAGUGUUUUUAAACGUUAUUAAAUAAUUCACUGAGCUAGCGCCGUGUCUCUAAUGCAACAGGUACAUAUGGAUAGCAAUUACAUUCUGGGACUGGUAUCCAUUGCCUUGGACUUCUGAACUGAAGCAAGGAGAUCAAAUCCCAAUUUAAAUUCUAGUAAUUAAGUAAAUCUGAAACUAAAAAUCCAGUGCAAGUAAUGAUGAUUAUCAGACGUAAAAUACCACAGAUGCUGGGAAUCUGAAAUUAGAAUCUGGAAGUACUCUGCGGGUCAGUCAGCAUUUGUAAAGAAAGAAACAUUAUUAUUCAAAACUGGUGAGUUUUCAUCAGUUCUGAUGUACAAUGAUCAUGAGAUUGUUGUUAAGAACUCAUCUGGUUCGGUAAGGGAAGGAUACCUGCUAUCCUCAUCCAUCCAUGUCUCCAGAGCCACCAAUGUAGGUGACACGUAACUCCCUACACACUUCAGUGACAAAUACAGAUGGACCAUAACUGCCGACAAUGUCUUUGUCCUGUGAGCGAAUAAACAAUUGCAUGUGUGACAUACACUCACAUAUAGGUGUCAGGUCUGUCAAUGUUGUGUGUGACUCUCGCUCUGAUGCACACAAAAGAAAUUAGAGGGUGUAGGUAACUCAGUGACAGAAUUCUCAAUCUUGUUGCCCAAAGUGGGGGUUUUCCUGUAGUGUGGGGGAACUCGACUCCAGUGCUAGUGUCGUACAGAAAAUGAAAUGAUCCCUGAUGUUGAAAGAGGGUGCUGUCUGCACAGAGAGUAUUGUAAGGCAAGAUAGCAGAACAUAUGUGUUUUCUUUUAAUUUAGCUUGCAUUAGGGAGGUGUUACUUCAAGCUUUUGCUGUUUAAAUGUUGGAUGAGGUUUACUUUCUCCUAGACUUGUUAUCUUUAUAUUGCAUUCCUGCUAAUCAGUAAGCAAUCUUUGGAUAGUUUUGUCGUCAAUCUCGCCGGUGAUGACAUUGGUAUGGUAUCCCGUCCUCAGGUCAAAGAGUGGAGUUUUCAUAAACUACAAGCAGUUGUUCAAAGUGUAAGAAACCUGGGAGAGUUACCUUAGUGAAUUUCAAAGUUCAAAGUAAGUUUAUUAUCAAAGUACAUGUAUGUCACCAUAUGCCACCUUGAGAUUUAUUUUCUUGCAGGCGUUCACAGUGGAACAAAGAAAUACAAUAGAAUCAAUGAAACACUGCACACAAACACUGACAAACACCCAAUGUGCUAAAGAAGGCAAACUGUGCAAACACAAAAAAAACAUAAUAAUAAUAAACGAAAGUAAGUAAAUAGAUAAUACUGAGAACAUGAGUUGUAGAGACUUGAAAGUAAGUCCGUAGGUUGCGGAACCAGCCCAGUGUUGAGGUGAGUAGAGAAGCGAUUUUGUUUUUUUUUUGAAAGGACAUUACUGAGUAAAAGGUGAUAGGUAGUAAUGUUCAAACUAUGAUCAAUAGUGGAAAUUUUCAUUGAAUGAAAUCUGUAUUUUAAUGUCGGAAUUGAGAGAUGGAAAUGUUGUCAUUAAAAGAGUUCCUUCAAAAGCUCAUUUUGAAAUCCUUCAUAUGCUAGAAUAUUUUUUUAUAUUAAGGUUGCUUUCAGUCUUCUGAGAAGUCCGGUUGACUAAGAGAGUCAAGUUUUCCCUGUGUGGGGAUAAUUCAUCCACCGCACGUUGGAGUUUCUGCUCAAACCAACUCUAAGUGGAAUAAAGGUGAUUGAGCUCAGUUGAAGCUCAUUUCUUGACAAUGCA